UAUUUAAAUCAGAGAGUGUCAAGAAAGUAUAAAUAAUUUAAUUGAUUGUGAACUGCACUUUUGCUUUCACAAAAUGUCUUUAUCAGAUUUAAAACAUCAACUUCGAAAAUAUGAUUUUCCCAUUUGUGCAAAAGAAGCGCUUAUCAGAAUAGAACAGUUAUUGGUAGGUCGGGCGGCUCCCUCAAACAAGCAACUUGACAUUGCCAUGGAUGUAAUAGCUGAAUUUGUGUUCUGUGAGGUAGAUCGCCGCGGUAACCGCCGUUCCGCUGGUAUCACUCCCCUACAAGAAUUACAAUUGAUUGAUGUUAUAUGUGAAUACCUUUCCACCUGUGGGAAUGAUACAACUAAGAAUACAAUAUUCUUAUCUUUGUUUGGUGGCAUAGAAAGUCAAAGACGGUUGAAAGUAUUGAGCAUUCUUGCUAGCAUGGCAGUGUCUGCAUCAAGUACCUCUGUGCUAUUGGCUGUUGGAGUGUGGCUACAGCAGAUGGGUUGUUCGUCUGCUCUAUCAUUGCAACUAGUGGAGAACAUAAUUAGAGAUCAUUUCUACCUUAACACCUCCAAUCAGAACACACUCAAGUCUCUUGCCAUUACUGCUCCACAGUUUGUUUCAAAUUUCAUUACAGCAGUGACUGAACUCUACAUGCACGACUUGCAAGGAACAAAGAAACUGCCACCCAGAAAUUUGUUAGAAGUAAUUACUUCUUGGGUGUUUUCUAAUCCUACCCUGUGCAUGUCUGCACAGCUGAACCCUGCAGCUCUGCCUAGUGGGUCUAUUCCUAUGGCAGCUGUUACUCCAUUAGCUGGACUUGUUCAUUGGUGUGCACUGGCACCACUUUAUAUUGAUGAAGACCAAGAAAUGGUGGAAAUGAUUGUGCCAGUAAAGCGGAUAAAACUUGAAAAUGAAAGAGAUCAUCCAACAUUCAAGACAAAUGCAUUCAAUAAAGUUUUGACAGAGGCAGAAUUGUAUACAAAGUUGCAUUUGGCAGUGUUGCAUAGCCUUCGAGCAGGCAGAAGGACCCAUGGCCCACCAACAGCAGUGAAUGCUCAACAUUUGACAGGGCUCACACCCCAUGUUCAAGCAUGUGCACAUCAGUUGCUUAAAAGAGGCAUAAAAUUGCAAAAUGACAGAAGGUUACAGGAUUGCCUUGACAGAAUAGGACAAGCAGUUCAAGUUGCAUUGGCCAAUGGCUGUGUGUAUGGAAACAUCAGCAAUCUUUUGGCUGCCCUUGACACUCUUCCAGAGAACAGACUUCUUAGGAUAAUCAUCAAAACUCAUCAACAAAUUAUUUAAUUAUAUGUUGAUGAGUUUUGAUCCCUAUCUACUCUAACAUUUAUUUAUUAAGUCUCAAUUUACAUAUAGGCAAUUUAAAAGCAGAUCGGUACAAGCAACAGUUUUUCAUUCAAUAUUAAUUUAUAAACAUUUUUGUGGUUUGCAAAUUUUACUAUUUUCAAAUAUUAUAUAAGGCACAUAACCAUAGAUAUGUUAUUGAUAUCUUAUAUUUUCACAUGCACUAUCAUAUAUUAUCACAUGUACACAUGUAAUAAAUAAAUAAAUAAUUUAUUUAUAAUCUUAAUUAAAAAGACAAUAAACACCCAAGUCUUAUGUGAACAAGGAACUAGGUAAAGGGUCCGAAUGUCAAUAAAAUAAAAAUACAAAUGUGAUGAAACCGUUUAAAAAUUAUUAUGUAGUUACAUGCUGUCUAAGAAAUGAUAUUAUACUCCUUAAAACUGUUAAUUUAAUAAGUUUACUGAGGUUAUAUUAGUAAUUUAUGUGAUUGAAAAAUAAUUUAAUUCAACUAGAACUGAACUCAAUCUAUUUUGUGUAUACAAUUACUUUGAUAUAUUGAAUUUCAACUAUUGUUUAAGAAAAUUAAGUAACAAGUGAAAAGUAAGUUAAUGUUAAUCUUUAAAUUAAAAAGAAAUAUCUGUGAUAAUAUAUAUUUUUUAUUAAGCUAAAAAGGUUUAAAUCUUCUACUCUGCUUUAUUUGUGCUAUUUUCUUUUUAUCUUCUUCAAACUUUUGGCGCAAUGCUACAAUAUGCUUCAUCUUUGAUUCUCUGAUUUGGAAAGUGUAAAAAUUCUGUAAUUCUUUUCUUUUUUUGUUUUUCUCUUCUUUAGCCAUAAUUUUGUUCUCAACAUUUUCAGAACGGGCAAAACUUUGAAUUCUUCCUUUUUUCGUGACAGUGACCCAUCCAUCGUCAUCUUCUUCUCCUAAUGCUUUUUCUUUCUUUUCUGCUUUGGCAUUUUCCUCAUCAUAUUUUUUCAUAAAUGUUUCAAUACAUUCUUUCAAAACUUUCGGUAUUUGAACCGAAUCAUUAUAUUCCUGAAUCCAUUUCUUCAUACCAAGUUUUAUUUGGUGGUCCUCUGAAUGUAAAGGACUUAACUCUGAUAGAUUUAAAGCUUUUUCUAACUGUGACACUUUUUGGAAAACAACAUAAGCAACUUUAUAUGUUUCAAGAGUGUUUUCCUCAAUAAAUUUGUAUUUUCGAGGUUUUUUUUCUGCUGUCGUGGGCUUGGAACAAAACUCCACAGAUUUAAUGGUACCAGCUUCACGGAACGCGUUAAUUAUUCCCUUUUCGUCCACAUAAGGGGGCAGGUUAACAACAAGUAGGGUUCGACCUGACGGUCUAUCCGCUGUAUGUUCUCUGACGGCAUGCUCUUUAAGAUAUAUUGUGUGUGGCGAUGACGAAUUUUCCGUGAGUUUUAACUCCAAAGCUGUAAAUAUAAGUUAUUUUUGCUUAUAUUACAUGUAAAUGAACAACAUGAUCAUAAUUGCAAUGCAAAUACAUAAAAAAAGUCAAAAAAUACCUCUAAAUUCGUUGCGUUUGGUAGCUUUCAUUACACUUAUUUUCAUCAAUCAAUAUUUAUAAACUAUUUUAAAAGAUAUUGACAAAAGGGUUGUUGAAUUUUAAUUAAUCUUUUUUUAUCGUUAAAAAGAAUUACUUAAAUUUAAGAAUAAUUCUUACAGAUAAUGCACAACAAAAACUAAAAAAAAAAAAAACUCCCGUAAACCGAAAAGAGGUUACUUUAUAUCACAGAACACAUUUACUCUUUAUAUAAUUUGUGCGUUAUUUACCACAGACUAGCGAUGGGCGUUGAAUCAACGGACUAGUUAA